AUGCAAUCGUGUGAAAUGCCGUCGUCGUCGAGACUGUCUUACUUGUCCACAACUACGCCCGGCACUGGCUUUUCGAGGGAACAGAUUUGGCUCAAUAGGGACUUUGGGACCGAAAAGGUAUGGGUUCUCAAUCCCAUGCAUAUCGUCUCAUUGAGCUCCGAAACAAAGUCCAAAUUUGUCAAAGUUAUCGAAAGUUUUAAACAAUUUAGUGAGAAAUGGUUUUCACACGUCUUGUUAUUAAUAUUUCUGGUUCUCUACGGCUUUCUGGGCGCCUAUGUCUUCGUCACACUCGAGGGACCCAAUGAAAGCAAUAUCAAGACAUCAGUGACUACUAUGAGAGAGAAUAUAAUCCGUGAGUUGUGGUGGAGUUCACAGAAGUUCACAAAAGGCUGGUGGGAUAAGUUGGCCAAAAUACGGAUGAAAGAGUUUGAACGACAACUACAUGAGGCCUGUAUUGCCGAUCAGACAACUGAUUCAGAGAAAAAGGUGUGGACCUUUUGGCACGCGUUGUUCUUCAGCUCUACUAUAUUUACCACAAUCGGCUACGGACAUGUCGUACCAAAAACAGAUGCCGGAAGAGUGGCCACAAUUAUCUAUGCAUUCAUUGGUAUUCCUCUACUUCUGAUGGUUUUGACUGAUUUGGGAAAACUAUUCACACGAGGCAUCAAAUUUGUGUUCAAAUAUUGUCGUGUGAUUUACUAUACGAAACACAUCAGGAAAGUGAGAUCUGUUGGCAGAAAAGCCACUCAGAAAUUGCCGACUCAGUAUAUGAGCCAUGCGUUGGAAAAGAUGACAGAAUUGCCCCACAAUUUGCUCGACAAGAAUGACAAGAAUGACGACAAUUCAAGCGUUCAUUUAAAGCCAAACGACAGGCGAAAGAGUAAAAGUCGUUCGCGAAAAUUGCCCCACAAUUUGCUCGACAAGAAUGACAAGAAUGACGACAAUUCAAGCGUUCAUUUAAAGCCAAACGACAGGCGAAAGAGUAAAAGUCGUUCGCGAAGUGUCUCUCCGGCCAAAGAGUCCACAUCUCGACCCCUAUCUCAGGUCAUAUCACACGCCGACUCAUCGACUGCUGUCGGCGGCGGCGAUGAGACGGCCGGCAGUUUUUAUGAAGAGCCAACAGAGUUUGAAGUCGACGACGAGUUUAAUCUACCCAUAAGUGUAGCCGUUAUUCUGUUACUCAGUUAUAUGAUGAUCGGCGCCGCCUUCUUCACUAGACAGCUGGUAACCAAAGCCACUAAUACACGGUACUACACAUGCAAAUAUAUGAAUGACAAACCAGACCGCAACUGUUCGAUGUGCAUUAAUGUGGUUCAGGAGAAACUGAGCGCAACGUUUCAAAAGGCAAAGUUGAGAAUCGGGGCCACAAUGGGUCUCGACGUACAACAACUCAUGGAAGAGGACUAUGCCUUAGAAUCCAAAGAGAAUAGUAUCGAAACCGACAGUAAAGUUGUCGACAAUAAGAGU